AUGGAAUGGAAACUAUCAGGUGAAAUUAAACCUGAAAGUGAUGAUGAAGCCUUCUUCGAAGAACGUGUCAAUCAUUCAUGUUUCAAAUUAAAACGAUAUCCAUCUUGUUUUUUCAUAUUCGGAGGUGUUUCAUCCUACUCCAAGAAGUACAAUGACAUUGUUAAAUUUAGUCAAAUGAAUGCAACAACAAAUGACUAUGAGUGGACCUAUUCCAUCGUGUCAAAGGGAAAUUCAUAUGAAGCGAAAAAGUCUUCAAUGUUUGGAAUGUUCGGAUUUGGUGGAUCUACAAUAAACAAAUCCACAACAUCGACUGGACCUCAAUAUCCAACAGCUCGAGAAGGACACACGAGCAUUGUUUGGGAAACUGAAAUGUUAAAGUAUAAUCCAACAACUAAAACAGAAGAAUAUGUCAUGGAAGAACAAGUAAUUUUAUUUGGUGGAUAUGAUGGAAGUGCAUAUUUGAAUGAUGUUUGGGUUUUGGAUACUUCACAAUGGAAAUGGACAAAAUGUGACAUUGAUUCGAAACAAAGCAGACCGUGUGGAAGAAAGAUGCAUACUGCCUUGCUCUACAAUGAUUGCAUGUGGGUAUUCGGUGGUGAUAGUGGUUCAGAUCCAUUAAAUGAUUUUUGGUGUCUCGAUUUAGAAACAAAAACAUGGACACAAGUAGCCUUUGAUAAAACUAAGGCUCCAGAACCAAGAUAUGGUCAUUCUGGCGUUGUGAUAGAUAUGAGUCCUAUUUAUGAAACACAAGCAAAACAAUUGUAUAAUGAAAUGUUAAAAAAUAAGAAUAUUGAUAAGAGUGAAAUCAAAAUGCCAACCAUCGAGAAGAAUCAAUAUCAUAUGAUUAUUAUGUUUGGCUUUUCCAAUAUUCAUGCAAUGUAUAUAGGAAAAAUAACAGAAAAACUUAACACUAAGCAAUUAGGAGGAACUUGCUACAACGACGUGUGGUCAUUUAAUUUUAACACUAGCAAAUGGCAUUGUUUAACAGAUCCAUCGAAAAGUGCACAAGAUGACAAAGACAAGGGAUUUAUAACAAAAAUGGUAGACGUCACAAAGGGUGUCACUAAUGCUACUUUUUCACAGAUCAAAGGACUUGGAAAACAGUUAGAAAUUUCUGGAAAAACUGCAUGGUCUGAAAUUGCUCGAUUUACUCCUUUUUAUACUUACUCAAGUACUACAAGCUAUGGCUCUGUCGCAACAAGCCUGGCCCAACCUCCUGAAGAACGAUAUUGUUCUGCCGUUGUAAAUAUUGGAAGAGGAUGUUUGUUAAUAUUUGGAGGUGUUCGAGAUUUAACACACCGAAGAGAUUGUCAUAUUUUAGAUCUUGUUAAUGAAUCCUUUGUGCCAGUCCCUAGAAUGAUCAAACUCAAAGACUCAUGGCCAACUGCAAGAAAGGGUCAUGUCAUGAUUUAUGAUGAACAGGAAGACUUGGUCUAUGUGAAUGGUGGUAGUAAUUUCAAAGAGGGAAUUCAAAGUGGAAUUGCUGUUGCAAGUGCAAAACAACUCAUUGAUUUGCUUCAUGUCGGAAUUGAAAAAGAAAACUCUUUAGAAGAAGAUGACAUUGUGAAAAAGGCAGAAAAUGAGUUGAAAACGACCGAGAAGAAUAUUUACGAGGAUGUCAAGAUGGACAAAACUCAAGAAGAAAAGAAUCAAUUGAUUCGACUCAUUGAGACGGAAACGAUCAAAAUUCAAAAGAAUCCAAAAGCCAUUGAUUCAUACAGAACAAGAGCAGACUGCUACAUGAAAUUGAAGGCAUGGGAUAAGGCCAAUUCUGACAUUGAUGAAGGUCUACGAUUAGCUCCCAAUGAUACAGAUUUCAAAAUGAAGAAGGGAAUUAUUUUGUUCAGACGCAAUGAUAUGAUGUCCGCACGAUUAAUACUAACAGAUGUUAUUUCAGAGGAAGAAUCAAAAACGCAGAAAGGACAUUUUCCAAGCAACUUGGUGUUACGAUGUUAUAAAAUUAGAGCCAAGUGUCGGAUAAAAGAAAGAAACUUUAAUGAGGCAAUUGCAGAUGCCAACAAGUUUUUGAAAUAUAUUGAAUCACUCGAUAUGAUAGAUGUAAAAGAAAAGAAGAAUAUUGACUUUGUAUCUAUUGCUUCUUGGUUAGCUUCCAUCUAUAUCGUCAAGGCAACCGCAUUUGAGAGAAAGAAACAAUACGAUAGUGGUCUCACUACCAUUGAGAGUGGAAAAGAACAAGUUCAACAAUUUUUGAAAAAGGUCAAAAAGUCAAAUUUCAGUUUUACUGAUUUUCUAAGUUUUAAGAAUGAAAAACCACAGGAUGUAUAUUUAAAAGAAAAGCUCGAGAAAUAUGAGAGUUUUUUAAUGCAAAAGAAAGAUAAGAGUUUACUAGUGGAUGGUACUUUUAGGACUGCCAAGGUGCUCAUUGAUUCCUACAAGACGAAACUGAAUGAGCUGGAUGCUGUAAAAUUAAAGGAACAAGAAGAGAUCAUUGAAGAGGAAACUAAAUCGCUGGAUACUUUCUUUGAAGAAUAUUUAUUUAAGGAAAUGAGUGCAGAUGUGGUGGAGACCGAUUGUGAUCAAGCGAUUGAACUGUUAAAACAAGUCAUCUCUUGGGAACCUUUUGAAAUCAAGUACAUUAUUGCUCUAUCAGAAGCUUAUUAUUUACAAACAGAUUACAAGUCCAGUAUCAAAUAUGCUAAGAAAGUGAUUGAAAUGGCAGUAGACUAUUGGAAGGCAUAUUAUAUUGCUGCUCUUUGCUAUUUAUCGAAGCGGAAAAUACCCAAAGCUAUUGAGAUGUUAGAGAAAGGAAUUGAAAAUUGUGAAGUGGUCAAUGCAGCAGAUGAAUACAAGGAUAUGGACGGUAUUUCGGAUCGUGAGGGAUUUGCUCAACUACAACAAGCAAAAAAGGACGCUGAAAAGAAGAAGGAGGCCAUAAAAAAGGCUUCAAAUUUAGCCAAGUAUGCCAAACAAUUAGUACAAAUUUCAAACUUUGAAGAUGCACUCUUGACUAUUAACGAAGUGAUAGAAAUGGAUCCCACCAAUAUACCGUAUCUCGCUGACAAGGUUGAUAUUUUGAUUGAAAAGAAGAAAUAUCUUCAUGCAUUGAAGGUUGCUGUUUUAGCGACAAGAAUCGCACCAAAGAGCUAUGAAGGAUAUUUGGCACAAGGUGUUGCCUUGCAAUUCUUGAAGAGAUAUUUCCAUUCGAUACAAGUUUUGGAGAAGGCUUUGAAAAUGUUUCCCGAUAAUUCCAAUAUCAAACAACAAUUGAUGAAAUCCAAAGAUUUAUACAAAAAGAAGCAAAUGGCUCAAAUGAAAUAUGAGAGAGCCCUCUUUAUACUUCAAGAUGCUGAGAAUGAAAUUGUUAACGAGAAUUCAAAAAUUAAGCUCUACAAGAUCAAUAUUACCACUUUGGAACCCUCUAAAAAGAUCAUUUCGCAAGUGGAACAAAUUGUUCAACUCCUUGAUGAAGCCAUUGAACUUUAUCCCUAUGUGGCAGACUUUUAUUUCUCCAAGGCUAAGUGCAGAUAUUUACUAAGAAAUUACAUUCAAAGUGUUGCGCAUAUCAAAGAAGCCAUUGAAGUCAUGAAACAAAUAACCGAUGGUUUAUAUUUGUCCUAUUUGAGCCAGAGAAGUAAAGGCUCUGAACUUGAUGAAGAGAAGAAGGAAAAUACGGUCGAUCGAGUUCAUGUUGAUUUUAUUUUUGAGGCUAUUUCUCUCGGAGCUCGAGCCUAUGCUUCCAUGAGACAAUUUGAUAUUGCCAUUAAUUAUUUAAAGGACAUGUCAUUUAGGCAUACUGCUCCAAAGAAGAAGAAACUUGAAGAUUAUGAACGUCAUUUGUAUUUAAAUCCUGAUCAUUUAGAAAAGUUGGAAGAGUUGACCAACAGAAUUACAGGAUUUAAAAAGGCACGAGAAAAGUUCGACUUUUUAGUGAAAUCUGGAAUGGAAUUUAAAUCAAAUUCAGACUUUAAUGGAGCCAUUAGCUUCUUUUCUGAUGCCUUGCAAUUAAAGAGUAGUGAGACUGAGGAAAGAACUCAAGACGACAGAGAUUAUGCAUCUAUUUACUUUGAAAGAGCAGAAUGCUUUUAUGAACUUGGUGAUUAUGACAAAGCCAUUGAAGAUGCCGAACAAGCAGUGAAAUUGGAAAGUACUUUUCCACACUUUAAUGUUCUAUUGUGCAAGGCUCUAAUGGAAGCAGGAAAAUUGGAAGAAAGUGUUGCAAAAUGUAAUGUUGCUCUCUCCGAAUCUCCAUACAACACUCCUCUCAAUGAUGUGUGGCACAAUGUCAAGUUAAAAACUGCAAGUUACGAAGCAGAAAAACAUUACGAGGAGGGAAUGCAAGCCAUCGAAGCCAGUGAAUUUGAUGUGGCCAUUAGCUGUUUGAACAAGGCAGUGAGAUUGAGACCCAACAAUAUUAAUUAUCUAUUAGCACGAUCUCAAGCUCUCUAUGAAAGACUGAAAUACAAGAGAGCGCUCGAUGAUUGUCAGAAUGUGUUGAAGUUUGAUUCCAAGAACAUUGUAGCGAUACGGCUAUGUGCUGACAUUCAGGUGAGUCUCAAAAACUUUUCAGAAGCAAAGGCAGUCCUUCAGAAUGGUAUGGAUCUCUAUCCAAAGGAUAAAACUCUACGCCAACGAUUAGAGAAAUUAAUUACAUUGGAGAGUCAAUGGAAUGAGGCUUAUCUGCGAGCAAGAGACGCAGAAGAUUGUUAUAAUAAUGGAAAUUAUGAACAAUCUUUGGAAUUAUAUUCCAUUGCUAUUCAACUCCAUUCAGAUUGUGCUCAAUAUUUGUGUCGAAGAGCGAGAGUCUUGUUGAAACUUUCUCAACCUGAAUUGGCUCUCGUGGAUGCUCAAAAGGCAGCAGAUAUCGAUACGAGUGAAGAAGUGUAUGCAACUCUUGCAACCAUUUAUCUUGAAUUGUGUGAUUAUGAAAAAGCAAAAGAUGUUAUUGAAGAAAGUUUAGCCUUUGAUGGCGAAGAAGAAGACGAAAGUAUUGAAACUCUACUUUUACUCAAAGAGGAAAUUUACGAUCGAGAGGCAAAAAGUAUCUCGGCAAAAGAAAAAGAUGAAGAGGGACAAAUAUUCUUUGAAAGAUACAUGCUUCAUCUCAAACAAAAGAAGGAAGAGAUUAAGAAGGAGAAACAAGAACAAAAGGAAACAGAUCAACAUCAAGAAGAAAAUCUUUAUUCUUCCAUAUUUAGCAAAUUGAGUAUUUUCAAUUUUGGAGCUAAAAAGUCAAAUCCUAUUGAAAUUGAUCAAGACGAUCAUUCGUAUGAAGAUUUACUCAAAGCUCAAGAAUUAUUUUCUGAAGCGGUCUUAUUGGAACCCAAUAAUAAGAGAUACAUGAGACAUCAUAUUGAAGCCUUGAUGUUGGAUAAUAACCCGGAGAAGCACGAUGAGGCUUUCAAUCAAGCGGCAACCAUGAUUCAAAUGUUUCCUAAUUAUACGGAUGGAUUUUGUACAGCAGCUCGGUUACAUGCUGAAAAGUUCAGAAAUACCUUUGAAUCUCUCUAUUUGUCGGUUGUUGGAUUAGAGCAUGACCGAGAAAGAGAAGGACUAUCUAUACAAAUUAUGCAAAAUAUUUUAAAUACUAUUGACAAUUAUGAAAUACCAAUGAUGAAAAGCUCAAAGACUUUGAAAAAGCUUGGAAAGGUAUCUGAUAAGUCUCAAGUAUCUUUCGAUAGUGCCAACGCAUUUGAAGAGUUAGAAGGUCAUGAAAUUGUGGAUAAUGUGAUUGGUACGAUCAAAACUAAACAAACAAAGAAAGAAGAUGGAAAAGACCCCAACGUUCCAACAUUGAGUCUUGAAGAGCUGUUGGAUGGGGAUGACUUUGAUUUGCAGAAUAGCGACGCCAGUAGCGAUUUGAUGAUGGAAGACCUUCCACAAGACUUGACCAUUGGCCAAAACAAGAUUCAAGUGAAAAAAAUUAAUAACCGUGAAGAACAAGUUGAAUUUACAAAACAAUUGUAUGACUUGGAUAAGCAUAGUGUUGCCUUGAGAGAUUCAUUUGCAAAUGUCAGAGCUUUCAUUACAGGAUUUGCAAAAACAGCUGUUAACAUUCUCAAAACUCAAAGAGAAGAAGCGUUUGAUUUGGCUGCUAAAGCUGUCUAUGUCAUGUACUAUGAUGUUGAAACUGAAAGACCCACCGACAAAUUCCAUACUCUAUUUGAUCUCAUUGCUGAUGCUUGCUAUGUUGGAGAUGGUGUGAAAAAUUACAAAUUGAGAGAGUUAAAAAAGAUUGGACCUAAAUCUCUUUUGUUAGAGACUUGUACCACUCGUUAUCAUAGAUUUAUUGAAGCAGAUGAUGAUCAUCCAUUCUACAGUCAACAUCAUUUUGAGAAUGAAAGAGAAUAUGAAAACUUUAAAGAGGUUGAGAAGAAAAAUAUCAGUGAAGCAUUGCAGCAAUUUAAUCUCUCCAUUGAAAAGGAUAUUCAAAACAUAAGUGCUGAUACGGAUGAAGAUCUCAAGUACAGACAUGUGAUCAUGCAACAGUUUGUUGAUUGCAUUUUACAAUAUUCAUUAUAUACUGUAGAUGAAGAGGAUGAAAAAAACAAGGAAGAAUCUUCAGAGAAUAUCAUGAAAACCAAAAUACUCACUCUCAAGGAUGAAUCACUGGAAGUCAUUCAAGCUGUUUCAAAUUUUUAUGGAUACGGAGAUGGUGUAUUUGCAUUUUUAGUUCUUCUCGAAAAAUUAGGAAGAACCUUUAAGCAUACCUAUUCAGAAAUCGGAAAUAUUUAUAAGUGUUUGUUGCAUUUAAUAAGAACACUCAUUGCAAGAAAUUUAAUGUCUGCAGGAAAAAUCAAGAAAAAAGAUCGUCUUCUUGAUGAUGACCCAGUCAUUCAAAGAUACUACCUAUCUCUCUCAGAAAGAUCCCUUUUUGUUCAGGCAGCCAAGACCAUCAAUAGAGAACUUAAUUUCAUUAUUGAUAAUCAUUGGAAAUCUGCGAAUGAAUCCAUGGAUUCUAUUGUUAUAUUUGCUGUUAAAACUACAUCACUCAUACAUGCAUUCACAUGUUUGGAAGAUUGUGAUGGUCACAACAUGGGUUACAAAACUUUGAGUGUUCGAACGAAAGAAGGUAUCGAGAAUAGCAUGGUUAAUCUCUAUAACUAUUAUCGAGAUAAGAUUAUUCAAAAAAUUGCUCAAAAGGAUGCUACUCUUCAACAAGAUGAAUCUGGAGGAUUGCAUCCUGUUCAUUUACUAUGUCUGAUCGAUGUACUGUUAGAACACAUUCCAAGAUAUGAAACCCACUUUGAUAUGGCCUUUCCUUCAAGUGUUGGUCUGAUGAAAACUGUUUGCAAUCAAGUAUACUCUUGUAUUGAAAUUGAAUUGCAUAAGCUCAAAACCAGCAAAUUUAAGAGCUAUACAGAGAAAGGAGAAUUACCAAUUGGACUCUUUGAUUUACCACCAAAAAUUGACAAAAUCUAUCAACUAUUAUCAGAACAUGCCAAUGUCCAACCUUAUGCUCUUAAAGAUAUUUUUAUUCCAUAUGUGUACAAGUGGAUUGAAACAUUUGAAAAAAGUGCAACAGAUUGGUGUAAGAGAGCUAUUGAUAUAAGCGAUUGGAAACCCAUCACUGACGAUGUCACCUAUACGACAGCAGUUGUGGACACAUUUACUUCAAUUCGACAGAGUUUGGUUGUAUUAGAAACAAGUUUACAAUUCUUACAGACACAACUUCAACGCCCUGCUCAAUUUUCUAACCAAUCCAUUCUUGAUUCAUUUAACUCUCUUGAAGAGUCCACUUCGUCAAAGUUUGGAACAGGAAACUCUUCUCUUGAAACUCUCCCAUUAAUUUAUGUUACUUAUACUCAUGUGAUUGCCUCUGUGAUUGAAAAUUUUGCCAAUAUGACCUACAACAUCUUUGCAGAUUGUACCAUGAAAAUGAAAAAAAUUGAAGAAGAAUAUGUGAAUAGAAGGACGAGUGCAAAGUAUAAGGAUAUGAUGUUGAGAAGAAAAACAACACCGCUGCAACAGCAACAAGAAGAAAAAUUAUAUGAAGAAACGAGAAAAGACGUUCAUAGACAAAUUGUUACUAAAAUGGGUCUCUGUAUGAAUAAUAUUUUAGAAUCCAUCAACCAAGUACGAACUUUAGCAGAAGAUAUUCAAAAACAAUUGUUGAGACAACAAUCAGAAUUAGUAAGCCAAAUUGAUGAAAAUUAUGAAUUAGGAACUUUGGAUGAUGAUUUGGAGUCUCAAUCUAUUGAUCUUAGCACGACUACUGGUUCUGCACUUUCAAAGAAAAAGAAAGAUGAUCUUCUUGAAGGAAUGGCAAUGAUGCAUGAUACCAUGAAAGUAUUGCACAACUCUCUCAAAGACAUGAUUCGAACCAAGAUGAACAACCAUCUUUCACAACUAAUUUUCAAAACUAUGAAAGAGUCCCUGUUGGAUGCAAUUUCUAAAAUCAGCAAACCCUUAACUCCAACGCCUACAACUUCUUCACCUGGGCUUAAGGCAAGCUCUUCUUCUCAAAAAUUAGCUUCACCCUCAUCGCAAAAUUUAUCUGAUUUGAAUUUGGAUGAUAUCAUGACACCAUUGUUCGACUACUUGGAUGAUCAAUUAGCAACUCUUUAUACAGUGUUGAAUGAUAAGGUAUUUGCUGUGGUGUUAAGAAAUAUUUUUGCGAUGCUUAUUGAUGAAUUAAAAGAAUGUGCAAUACCUCCUCUAGAACAACCAACUCUUAACAAGUCACAGAUUGACAAAUUCAAAACUACAUUUGACUCGUUUAUUGAAUAUUUUAAUGCAAAUGGAUCUGGAUUGGAUAUGGUUUAUCUAAAAGAGCAUUUCAAAUUUAUUUCAAGCUUAUUUAAUCUAAGUCUAACCCCCACAAAGAAGUUAAUUGAUGAUUAUAACGAGCUUAGUGUUCAAAUUGAAGACGUUAUGAACUUGAUAGAAUCAAUGAACAAGGACCUAGCUCGAAAAGAUGAUCCAGAUGAUAUCAAUGAUUUGAAACGCCAGAUAGCAGACGCUGAAGAAGCCAAAGACAAGAUUAAUGUUACUAAGAAUUAUAUUUUCGCCGUUUUGCAUAGAAGGGCCAUGGACACGAGAUCUAAAAAGAUUAAUGAUUCCGAAGCUAACAAAUUUGUGACUUCAGAAAUGUCUCUCUUCGAAGCAAAUCAGGCAAUCAUUAAUGAUGACUAUGAACUGUUUCAAAAAUCUUUAAAAACCUCAAAAGAUAAUUAUCAACAGGCAAAACAAGCUCUUGAAAACACCAAGAAAGAAGUUGAAUCGUUGAAGAAGCAGUACAAACAUGUUAAAUCAAUGAGAGUCAUCACAAAUGAGAGAAAGAACAAUAGAUUCAAAUGUAAAUCACUGAACAAAGAAAUUGAAGAAUUGGAACACCAAAAGACUCUCUUGCAACAAGAGGAAGAAGCAAUCAAAAAGUUAGUUGCUACUGAAUCUGAAAUAAUCGAAAAAGCAUUCUUUGAUAUGGAGAAGAGCGACUAUAUCAAGGAUAUUUCAUUCAGACUUGAUGCCUUUGUGAGAUCAUGUAAGAAAGGUCUUGCAGGUCAGCUCGGGGAAGAAUUUAUGAAUUUUAUGAAAUUCCCAACCAAACUUGCUGGUGUCACUGAGGAAGAAACCAAACUUGUUAUCACCGACUUUUUCAGAUGUAUGUUCAGAGGAAAUGAUGGAUUCUUGUGUUUAUUGAGCUCGCCUGAUAUUUGUAUUAGUUGGAUUCCAAUUAUUUCUCUCAUCAAAUUAUUCAAACUUGAUGUCAUGGAAACAACAUCUUCAAACAAGCAAUACUCCAUGUUGGAUUAUCUCAAUCCAUUGAAUGCUCUCAGAGGAACAGCUCAACUCUUUACCUCUUCAGAACCACAAUAUAAUACUCAAAUCGAUUACAUUAAGGUCUCUGUAGGAAAAAUUAAGAGCGUUUACAGAUCUACAUUUGGUGCAGGAUCAUUAGAUAAUUCCAUUACUGUCAGCAAAUCUGAUAAGGAUUUCCAGUUCUCUUGUUUCAAAGAUCGUGAAAAAGCAUUUGAAGUGAUUCAAGCGUUUAUUCUCAAAAAUGCAAGUCAAUUCAAAUCCAAAGAUUCAUCAAUUGUUAACAAAUUAUUAUUUAUGGGAACAAGUACCACUAAAGAAGAUGAACAAGAUGAUUCUGACAUUGCCAAUGCUUAUACACAAGCAAAAGUAAUCAAGAAGGGUUAUCCUGUUUCAGAAUCUGUACGAAAGAUUUUCAACUUGAAAGCUGAAACAAGGUUGCUUAACAAGUACAGCUGCACCGAGUUUGAUUCCAAGCUGAUUGGAGAAUUUUAUGUAUUCUCAGAUUCUGUUUGCUUUACAACAACAGUGAAUAGUGGAUCUUGCCAAAAGAUGAUUUUACCUUUCACUCAACUUGUGAAAAUAUCAAAAGUUGGAAAGAAUUUACAUUGCAAGCAAUGCAUACAGCUCACCAAUGCACAACGAGUGAGUUAUACAUUCGUCAACUUUAAAAACAGUGACGACGUGUUCCAAGAAAUUAUUGAAGUUUUUAAGAGAAAUCGUCCUGGCAUUGAAGUAGUCAUGAAGGCUGAUAAUACAAUCGCAAUUCCUGUUCAUCCAACCCAAGAAACUCCUCAAGGAUUGAUGAAUAUCAGCAAGUACACCAAAUUCUUCAAAUUGUAA